UCAAGCGAACAGUAGGCACCAUGGAUCUGCUGUCACUGCUCCCCCUAGACUUGUUGUACAUUAUAUAUGGUUUUAAUGCCAUAUUUCGUUUUCCCAGAAUGUUAAAGGUACAGACUUUCUGGGAUUUUUUCAACAGAAUGGAUGCUGUAGCAAAAUCUCCAUACAUUAUCAGGAUUUUACGAACUUUAAUCUACAUGAUGUACCUCAUUCACUUGAAUGCAUGUGCUUAUUAUGCCAUGUCUGUGUGGGAAGGGAUUGGUUCAAACAAAUGGGUGUUCCAGGGUGAUGGGAAUGCAUAUGUACGAUGUAUGUAUUUUGCUACCAAAACAGCAACUUCUAUUGGGAAAAACCCUAAACCAGAGAAUGAAUAUGAAUAUAUCUUUAUGACAUUCAGCUGGCUCACUGGUGUUUUUAUUUUUGCUUUCUUGAUUGGUCAGAUACGUGAUAUUGUUGCCACAGCAACCCAAAACACCACUCAGUAUCAUCAGGUAAUGGACAAGAUGGUUCAAUACAUGCGUAACCUAAACUUACCUGAUGACCUUCAACGAAGAGUACGACUGUGGUUAAACCACACUUGGGAGCAACAAAAAACAUUACAUGAAGAUAAAAUUUUAGACUCAUUACCAAAGAAAAUGAAAACAGAUGUAGCCAUCAAUGUUCAUUACAGUACUUUAGUUAAGGUUCAACUUUUCAAGGACUGUGACAAGGCUCUCCUGAGGGAUCUAGUGCUGAAACUUAAACCAAUGUUAAUCCUUCCAGGAGACUACAUCUGUAAAAAGGGAGAAAUUGGAAAAGAAAUGUAUAUCGUCAACAAGGGAUUGGUUCAAGUUAUGGGAGGAGAGAAGGGAGAUGUGGUCUUAGCUACAUUAUCUGAAGGCAGUGUUUUUGGAGAAAUAAGUCUUUUAGGGAUUCCAGGAUGUGACCGUAGGACAGCAGAUGUUCGCUCUAAAGGUUUUUCCAACUUGUUUGUUUUGGGAAAAGCUGAUCUGUGGGAUGCUUUAGAACAUUAUCCAGAAGCCCAAACUAUACUAAAGAAGAAAGCUCAGAGUCUAAUUAAAACAAAUGAGAACCAAGAGAAGUCUGCCAGGAGCAGUCGCACGAACAUUGCUGAAACUAUUAUAAAGGAACCUUCUCGUACCCCAACACCCCGUCUUCUGAAGACUGUACUAAAAGUAGUCCAGCCUGAUUCCUUGUGUGCUCAAAUGCUCAGUAAGAAGUCCUCUGCCCCAGUACUAACAUGUGAUCAGAUUCCAGGCAGUUUGACAGCCUCUACCCAUCUUCGAGCAAGCAGUAUUAGUCAUAUAGAGGCAAAAGGGGUUAAUAAGUUAUCUGUGUACAAGAAAGACCAAUUUCUUCCACCUGUGAUGCCUUUAAAUCAACAGAACAGUACAGUAUCAUUAGAGAACUUUUUUACCAUUACAUCAGAUGACAUUAAUCCUAAUGCAAUCAAAGAACUGGUGAAGGUGGUCCCUUUCACAGGUUCAGGGUUUCAAACUCCCCUUUCUAACCAACUUGAUAAUCAAUCUAAAACUAAAGAGGUGUGUUCCAAUGUAAACAUCACAGAAAAGUCUGUAACUUCUGUAGAAGAGUUACCAAGCAUUAGACACAGUAGUUCUUUGAACAGCAUAGUCUCUGAACAGUAUGAUUUAGAAGAACUCAAUUUUUCUCCAAGUAGACUAAGUACAUACAGUUUGCUAGGUUAUGAUAAUUUAGGAUUUGCUCCUCUUGAUAUCAAUUUGAGUCGUAGUGCAAGUGUUACUAGUGAUGAAACUGUGUGCUAGUAACUGAGGACUUCUAUGACAAUAUCAGUUGAAAAACAGAAGUAAAUACACAACUGUAAAAUAACUAAGGAAUCCAUUAGAUUACACAAUUUACAAGAUUAAUUGAUAAGUAAUAUUGUUUUUGUUUUUUAUACACACACACACACACACACACACACACACCAUUAUGGCUAUAUUCAUUGAAAUUUGCACCUAGUUAUCAAUGAUGUUUUUUAAGCAGACUAGUAAGAUAAACAUUUCUUUCUUAUACAAACAUAAAUUUUGUCCAUACAUUUUAUUUUUGUUACCUGAUAAAAGAAUUAUGGAUGUAAAAUUUAAACACAUUUAAACUCUUUGGUAUUUAAUAUAUAUUAUUAUAUAACAGUUUCAUAAUUAACUAAGUACUGAGAAAAUUACACAAUUUAUAGCAUACCUUGACCUAAAGAUACUCAAGUCCAUUGCUCAUUCAUAUUUUGGGGUACAAUGUUACUUCAUAUUUUUGCCACAAUUAUAUAGGGAAAAUCCUUAAUUUCAUAAAAACUGUAUGCAAUCUACCAAUUCCUGGUGGCACAUUUGACAAAUAACAUGAGUAGUGCCUGGCCAUUUUUAUGAUACUUUAAAGAUGGAGAUAUAAAUGUAAUUUUCCCUCAUGUGAAUGUUGUUUUUUGUGAUUUGAUAUGUUAAACACGUGUCAAAAUUCUGGAAAGUAGUGGAUAGAAAUUUUUUUAUUUUGUCAUCCCUAGUUCUUUAUUCAAUAAACUUACAGAAAAUAAAAGUUUUACCUUUAUUGUGACUUAAAAUCAACCUUAUAGGUAUUAGUAUUAAUUGUUCAAGAAAAUUAAAAUCCUUAAGCAUAUUCAUCUUCUAACUUUAAUGAAUGUUAAGAAGAAAAGUAUUUUAGAAUGUUUAGCCACUAUUGUACACCAAACAUGCUCUAAACUAUUUUAGUUUACUUACAUAUCAGUUUAUUUUUAUUUUAACAACUCCAUAUGCUUUUUUAGUUAUGCCAAUCCUACUGAAAUAAAGACGAAUAUGCUUCUUUUAUUUCAAUUUUUAGUUGUACAACUUUCUCAACCAGGGGGUGAAUUUUGUAAUAUUUGUGCACCAUUUUGUGGGUUGGGAAAACACCAUGUAUACAAAUAUUUAUUCAGUGCAGCUAUUCUUUCCCUUAGUUGAUUUCACAGUUGAUUUUUAAUAAAAUUUUUGCCUGUCUG